GCUAAGUAAACAUCCUUGUGUAUAGGACAAACCAUGGAAAAGAUGUUCCUCGCUACGUUACUCUUCUGUGUUGUCGUGGUAAUCGUCUCUUCGUAUAUAACCAUCUUAUAUAGGGCCAAGAGGAAAGUUUCAAUUACCAUACGUCAAAGCAAGCAACACUAUAACCAGGCACCAGGACCCAAACCCUGGCCAAUAAUAGGGAAUUUGGAUAUAUUGUCACACUAUCAACACAAUCCCUUCGAAGGUUUUACCAAAUUAACUCGAGAGUAUGGUGACAUUUACUCCCUGACAUUGGGUCACACCCGUUGCCUGGUGGUCAACAAUUUGGACUUGAUACGUGAGGUUCUGAAUCAGAAUGGACGAUUUAUUAGCGGACGUCCGGAUUUUUUGCGUUAUCAUAAACUUUUCGGUGGCGAUCGAGCCAACUCCUUGGCCCUGUGCGAUUGGUCCCAGCUCCAGCAGAAACGACGCAAUUUGGCUCGCCGUUAUUGUUCGCCACGGGAAUCCUCCUCGAAUUUCAUUAAAAUAUCGGAUAUCGGCUGCCAGGAGAUGAAUGAACUGGUCAAAGAACUCGAUCAAAGGCUGGAGCAAGCCAUCGAUUUGAAAUCUUUGAUAUUGAAAGCCUGUGCCAAUAUGUUUUCGAUUUAUAUGUGCUCGCAGCGUUUCGAUUACAAUGAUCAGGAUUUUCAAUUGAUGGUCAAGUAUUUUGAUGAAAUCUUUUGGGAAAUCAAUCAAGGACAUCCAUUGGAUUUUUUACCCUGGCUACAGCCAUUCUAUCAGGGACAUUUGAGGAAAAUUGUUAACUGGUCAACGACCAUCAGACAAAUCAUAUUGGAACGCAUUAUCCUUGGACGUGAGAUGAAUGUAGAUCUGGAUACAGAUGACGAUGGCGACUUUACAGAUGCCCUACUCCGAAGUCUACGGGAAGAUAGUGAAGUCUCUAGGAAUACCAUAAUCUUUAUGCUUGAAGAUUUUCUCGGUGGUCAUUCGGCAGUGGGUAAUCUGGUGAUGAUAACACUUGGCUAUAUAGCCAAAAAUCCAUCUAUUGCCAGGCAGAUACAAGAAGAAGUCGAUGCCAUAUCAUCGAAUGGUCAGCGGAAUAUACAAUUAUCGGAUAUGUCACAGAUGCCCUACAUUAUGGCCACCAUAUUUGAGGUUCUACGCUACUCAUCGUCACCCAUUGUGCCGCAUGUGGCCACAGAAGAUGCCCUAAUAGCUGGUUUUGGUGUACCCAAGGGCACAAUUGUUUUCAUCAAUAAUUAUAAACUGAACACAAGUUCCGAGAAUUGGUCAAAACCAGAGGAUUUCGAGCCCAAGAGAUUCCUAGAGGAGGCAAAUACCAAGCGGUGUUCCAUCGGCUCCGAUUCGGGCAUAGAGACCAUUAAGGAAAUGCAAUUGAAAAAGAAUAUUCCACAUUUCUUGCCCUUCAGCAUUGGUAAACGCACCUGCAUAGGCCAGAAUUUGUUAAGAGCUUACGCCUUUCUAUUGCUAACCAAUAUUAUGGGACGUUAUGAUGUUGAUGGUAAAAAUCUCACAGAGAUUCAAAUGAAUCCAGCCACUUUGGCAUUGCCAGCCAAAUGUUUUCCCUUGAUCUUAAGGCGUAGAAGUUUUUAAAGAAUAAAUAACAAAUAAUAAACAAAUUUA